AAAUUUUUGUUAGAUAUAUUUUCAGAUGACAUUAAAAGUACGUAUGACAGAUCUAAUUAUUUGAUUUGAAUCAUAUAAAAGAUUAUUUUUAUAUUUAAUAUAAUAUAUUACAGAUUUUAUGCUUUUACUUGUCUUGCGUCCAAACAGCAGUAUUUCAUAAAAAGGAAAAAAAAUACUUUACUUGCGACGCGUUCUAAGUUCAACACAAAAAAAAAAAAAAUUCUAGUGCAAAACACAAGCCGAAUCAAUCAUGGUGAUAAAUCCUGCCUGCAAGCGAUUCCUCCUAUCCCUGCUUUAUGUACGACUGGCUGGAGUGACAUGCUGCAUAUGUCGUUGUUGGAAUCGAGUUCCAGGGGAGGAGGAGGCCGAAAGGAAAGAGAAGAAAAUGGCAACUCAUGCGGCAGAAGAUGACCAGGAGAAGCAGCCUCUCAUAAAAUACGAGGAAUCAUCGGUCGACGAUCCACCGAACUUGAUUCAGAAGGCCUACCGCAGCACCGCCGACCUCGCCAACCACCUCCCGACGGGGACGGCGCUCGCCUUCCAAGUCCUCUCCCCCGUCUUGACCAACCAGGGCCGCUGCACCGACGCGAACCGGGUCAUGGCGAGUUGCCUCCUGGCUCUCUGCGCCCUCUCGUGCUGCCUCCUCAGCUUCACCGACAGCUUCCGCGACGAAGCCACAGGGCGGGUCCGCUACGGCCUCGCCACGCUCAAGGGCUUAUGGGUCAUCGACGGCCUGAAACCGCUGCCACCGGAGCUGGCCGCGGGCUACCGACUCCGCUUGGUGGACUUGCUGCAUGCCUUCACCUCGCUGCUGGUGUUCGCAGCGGUGGCGUUGCUCGACAAGAACGUGGCGUCGUGCUUCUACCCGACGCCGUCCGAGGACACGCGGCAGGUCCUGUCGGCUCUACCCGUCGGGAUCGGAGUUAUCGGAAGCACAUUGCUUGUUGCUUUCCCCACCAGCCGCCAUGGAAUUGGAUUUCCGCUCUCUCCCGAUACAUGAUAUCUUGCUCGACUGCGUCUUUCGCUUGUUUGUCGGAGAAUACCUGAGCAUGCGUUCCAUGUCUGUAACGAUUGCAUACU